ACCUGAUCCGGUUCGGUCUCCAGUUUGCGCUGCGCUCUAGAAACGGUUCUGCCAUCCGAACCGGUUCUAUUCCAGAACCAGAGUAGAAGGAACAGAACCAUCAGUCAGUUCCGGACAGAACCGAGUCCAUGAGUUCGGAACCAGGUGGACCAGCUCCUCUGGUUCUGGUUCUGUAAUUGUUGACUAAUGAGUUUGUUUGUUUUGGUAAAAACAGUCACGUGUUUACACAACAAACCCUCACCUGAACCUCCACACUCACCUGCAGAGCCAGCAGGUAGAACUCCGGCCGAACCGGGUCGGACCCAGUCGCUGUGCCACCUGAUCAGCUCCGCUCUCACCUGUUCUCAGUUCUACCUGCGCCUCCGCACGAGACGCUUCUUUCUUCUUCUUCUUCUCUCUUCGGUUCGGUUCUGAGAGGGUUAACUUACAGCCGGGACCAGAACCAGAACCGGGACCAGGAGGAGGACUAAGCCCAGAGGCAGCAGCAGAGCCGGUACCGGUACCGGCAGCAUGUCCCGGGCGGAGCAGCGCGACGAAACGGACUGUGUGUGUUCGGUCGGGAUGAAGCUGACCUGGGACAUCAACGACCCCAAACUACCGCAGUUACCCCCUCAGGCGUUAGGCCCCGCCCUCCUCUGUGUGGAACCAGCAGAAAGGAUUUCCUUCAUUGAGCCGAACUUCCCGCAGCAUUACCCACAAUUCCAGAGCAGCGAGCCUUACUACAACCCCCACAAUGCACUGGGAGAGGCCCCGCCCACCCUCCAGAAACCAGCCAACCCAAGACUGUACAUGGGCCGACCCGGCUACGACUUCCAGGGAUACCUGGCUUCACCUUCGUAUCCUGUGACCUCUGACCUCUGCGACCCCAGGGUAACGCCGGUCCUGGGCUCCUCUUCAGCACCUUCAUCUUCCUCGGCUCCGAUCUCAUCCUCCUCAUCCUCCUUCGACCCGCAGACGAAGGCGCCGCCGGCCUGGAAGGAGCUCCUGAAGAGCUCCGCCCCCUACGCCGAUAACCACCACUACUACAGCGCCGAGUACCCCUGCCGUUACUCUGGCAACGCCCCAGGGUCGCCCGCUGGUCUGCAGACCAUCAUCACCACAACAACCAAGGUGUCCUACCAGCCCUGUCCCAAGCCUCCGGGGGCACUGCCUCCCUACCAGUCCUGCCCCAAACCAUCGGCCGGCCUGCCGUCCUACCAGCCUGCCAAAGCCGCCGGUCUGCCCGGCUGCUCGUCCCUGCUGGAAGACGCGUCUCCGUCCUCGUACUCCACAGAGGUCAAGGUGACCGAGGAGUCCGGCGGAGUUAUCAAGUCUCUGUCGUUUCCUCCAGAACCUCUGCAGACCAAGACAGAGCGGCUGGACGCCUACGACUACCACUACGCCUACCCCAACGCCUAUCGCUAUGACGACUACUGACUCAGCACCGACUCUGCCGCCAUGGCAACUGAAACUGAUGAACCAGACUUCCAGAUGCAGGAAAGGUUCAGGUUCUGACCCGAAUCAACAAACCUUCAGAGGACAAAUCAGAGCCAUCAGAUGAACCUUGUUAUUGUUCUGGAGGUUCUAUCCGGACCGGUCCAGUCCGUCUACAGGACCUCCAGGAGCCGGCUUCGGUCCUGUAGACGAUUCUGCAGUUCUGCUCGGGUCGGUUCUGAAGGUGUCAGAUCUUAUUAAAUGUGUAGUAAUUGUUG